UGUAAUACUCUAAGCUUCUCAAACAUGGCUGCCAAAACCUCAUUCUUUCUACUAAUAGCAAUCACAACAUGCUUGAUCACUAGUAGUACUUCUCAAACGCCGGCGUAUCGGGGAAGAUGGCGGUUGCUGAAAAGAAACAUCGGAAUCUCGGCAAUGCACAUGGCAUUGUUGCCGAACGACAAGAUCAUCGUAUUUGAUCGGACAAGCUUCGGCCCUUCAAACUUAACUCUGCCACAAGCAAAGUGCCACAUUGAUUCCACAAUCUCUGACAAUUGCUUCGCCCACUCGGUCGAGUUCGACCUCUCAAACCGCGCCGUCCGCCCCCUCACCAUCCUCACCGACACGUGGUGCUCCUCCGGCGCCUUGUCCUCCAGCGGCGUCCUGGUCCAGACCGGUGGCUUUGAGGCCGGGGAGCUAGUCGUUCGGUACUUCCAGCCCUGCGCAGGCUGCGACUGGGUUGAGAAUCCCAACGGGCUUAUCGCCCCGCGUUGGUACUCUUCGAACCAGGUUUUGCCCGACGGGAGAAUCAUCGUCGUCGGAGGAAGAUUGGAGUUCUCUUACGAGUUCAUUCCAAAAUCUUCAAAACAAAAUCCGCAGCUUUACAAACUUCCGUUUCUUGAACAAACUAGAUACUCAGCGAAAGUCCCCAACAAUUUGUACCCUUUUCUUCACCUUUCUCCGGACGGGAAUCUCUUCAUUUUCGCCAACGACAGGGCGAUCCUCCUCGACUACGCGAGCGGCAUUGUAGUCCGGCAGUUCCCGACCAUGCCGGAUGGGAACGGCGCCGUUUCGAGGAACUAUCCGAGCACGGGCUCAUCGGCUUUGCUUCCUAUUUUCCUCUCUCGAAACGACACCGUCACGCGAGACGCCGUCGUUUUGGUCUGCGGCGGGACGGCGUCGGACGCGAACGUGAAGGCUUCGGCCGGGGAAUACGUCGUGGCAACGAGAAGUUGCGGUCGAAUUUCGAUCACCGAGGAGAAGCCGGAAUGGGAAAUGGAGGAAAUGCCGGUCGAGAGAGUGAUGGGGGACAUGAUUCUGCUCCCGACCGGCGACGUUCUGAUAAUAAACGGCGCGAGGAAAGGAACCGCCGGUUGGGAUGUUGCAAGAGAACCGGUUUUGUACCCGGUUCUUUACCGGACCGGGAGAGACGCCAAAACCCGGUUCGAGAUACUAAGCCCGAGUAUCAUCCCCCGUCUGUAUCAUUCGACGGCACAUUUGCUCCCCGACGGUCGGGUUUUAGUCGGGGGAAGCAACCCGAACAGGAACUACAACUUCUCUACGGUUUACCCCACCGAGCUGAGUCUCGAAACCUUUUAUCCACCAUAUUUGAAUACUAAAUCUCGGCCGUUGAUCACGAAUGUGGAGCCAGGGAAGGAGAUGGCGUAUAAGCAGAGGAUCUCGGUCCGGUUUCGGUCGAGCUCUAAGGAAAGUUUUAAUGGCGGUGGGGUUUAUGUGACGAUGGUGGCUCCGUCGUUUACUACGCAUUCGUUUGCGAUGAACCAGAGGCUGUUGGUUUUGGACGUUGGGGAAGUGAUGAGUAGGGAGAAAGAGAGUAAUGAGUACGUGGUUGAGGGUCAUGCGCCGCCGACGCCGGCGGUGGCUCCACCGGGGUAUUACUUGCUGUUUGUGGUGGUUCAUGGUGCGCCGAGUCGGGGAAUGUGGAUAAGGAUCAAAUAGACAUAUUAGUUAUUCAUUUGCAUUGAAGUGGUAGUAAUUAUUUAUAUAUUUGCAUUUUUUUGGAUGG